AUAAAUUUGUCAAAAUUAAAAAAGUGCGAACGCGAAGACAGCGAAGACGAUUCUAUUAGGACAACAAAUCAGUUAAUCGAGUGAUAUGUUCUUAUGGCUUAUCCAACAAUAAAUGCCCAACAAGAAAUAAAUAACCGGAAAAUACUGAAGGAUCUUCAGAUCAACAAACAAUUACUGGAGAAAGGUGUCGUCCCCGGCAUAACAGCCAGUUCACCCAACUUGAAUAUGCCUUCAUUUAUUCAGUCGGGUACACAACAACAGACAGAUUUUACAUUAGGCCCAACGUUGCGCUCCACUCAAGCUUGGACCCAAGCAACUAAUCAAUCCUUUGGUUUUUUUGUGCCGCAAGACUCGUUGUUUGGCAACAGUAUUUUACCGGUGCUACCGCGAACCGAUAAUCAAACGAAAUAGAGAGAAGAAACGGAAACCGUCAGACAAUUCUUUUUAGUACAUAGGGAGAAGAUAGCACUUUUUUUAACUUAAACAAAUAAAAAUAACCGAAAGCAUGAAAUUGAAAAAAUUAGAAGAAUAUCUGCAGGGUGUCGAUGGUUUUGAGAAACCAAAAUUAUUAUUAGAACAAUACAUUACACCGUCGCACAUAGCUAGCAACAUGUUAUUUACCAUUCAAUCGAAAUACGGUGAUUUGGAAGGGAAAACUGUUGCGGAUUUAGGAUGCGGCUGUGGAAUGCUCAGUAUUGGUGCCUUUUUACUUGGAUCACAAUAUACCGUCGGUUUCGACAUAGAUCGUGAUGCCUUAAAUAUUCUUCAACGUAAUAUCAAUGAAAUGGAGAUACCAGGUGUCGAUGGCGUACAGUUAGAUGUAAUCCAAGACUUAAAGGAAUCCAAAUGGAAGGGGGUCUUCGAUACAGUUCUUAUGAAUCCACCGUUUGGCACGAAACAUAACGCCGGAAUGGAUAUCAAGUUUCUGGAAACGGGUAUCGCAUUAGCUACAGGGACAGUAUACUCAUUGCACAAAACUUCAACAAGGCAAUUCAUCAAAAGAAAGUCAGAAGAAUGGGGAGUACCUGCCGAAAUCAUCGCAGAACUUAGAUACAACAUUGAUGCAUCGUACAAGUUUCAUAAAAAGGCGAGCGUUGACAUUGAAGUAGAUUGCUGGCGUUUUAAUGUCGUAGAUAAAGAUAUGAAUGCAUUGACAUAAAUUAUACGUAGAAAAAUGAGAUGAAGGCGAAUCAAA